CUGGCGUUUGCAGGUUAGAGUUUAAAGGUCAAAUAUUUUACUUCCGCUGUUAUAUUAGUGUUGCAGUCCGCGGGGGUAAAAUGACUACAUUAAGGGCUUUUACCUGCGAUGAUCUGUUCAAAUUCAACAAUAUUAACCUCGACCCACUGACAGAAACUUAUGGAAUCCCGUUUUACCUGCAGUACCUCGCUCACUGGCCUGAGUAUUUCAUUGUGGCAGAGGCUCCUGGGGGAGAGUUAAUGGGCUACAUCAUGGGGAAGGCGGAAGGAUCCGUAGCCAGGGAGGAGUGGCACGGUCAUGUGACCGCGCUCUCUGUGGCUCCAGAAUUCAGGCGACUGGGACUUGCAGGGAAGCUGAUGGAGCUGCUGGAGGAGAUCUCUGAGAGGAAAGGAGGCUUCUUUGUGGAUCUGUUCGUACGAGUGUCCAACCAGGUAGCAGUGAACAUGUAUAAGCAGCUGGGAUACAGUGUCUACAGGACCGUCAUCGAGUACUAUUCAGCCAGCAACGGGGAGCCAGAUGAGGACGCCUAUGAUAUGAGGAAAGCUCUGUCCAGAGACACGGAGAAGAAGUCCAUCGUCCCCCUCCCGCACCCCGUCAGGCCUGAGGACAUAGAAUAACCCCGCGCUGUGACUCUCUCUCAGCACCGCCUCUGGUCUUUCCCCAAUUUUUUCUUCCUGCUCUCCUCAAAAAAAAAAAUACAUUAAAUACAUUUUUGAAAAGGAGCGCAGCAGGUAAAAAUAUCUGUACAUUUUUAUUUAUUUAUUUUGAAUCGACGGUUUAUUCGUAUCAGGAGGAGAUUGACGUGCACGCUCUCGGCUGUGCGUCCUGCAGCCAGCUGAAGAGCUGAAGAGAGCAAGAACACAAACAGGAAGUCGGCCGCUUGGCCCCUGAGCUUCGUCGUUUAGGAGCAAACGGCUGCUCCCGCCGCACAUGUCGGCCCCAUGUUUUUAAGACCGAAUUAUGCCAGGAUCGCCGUGUGUGAACCGAACCAAGUAAUGUCGCCAUUUUUAUUUUCUGAUUCUUUCAAUGAAAUGGGGAUCGCAGGCUGUACCUGUAUUAGAGAGUCACAGCGUUACUCAGAAUGUUUUUUUUUUUUUUUGUUAAAUGUGAAAUAGCUACGUGCAUCAAGAAACCAGUAUAAUAAAUCUUCAUUAAAGUA